AUGUCCGUCAACUACAUGCGUCUGCUCUGCCUUUUGGCCUGCUGCAUUUCGGCCUGCCUGGCCAGCGGCUAUGGCAACCAGUACGGUAACCAGUACGGCAACCAGUACUCCUAUGGAAACCAAUAUGGUGACUAUGUCAAGACCUCCGAGACAGCUGAGGCUCAGGCUGCUGCUUUGACCGAUGCCGCUGGCGCUGCUGCUUCAUCCGCCAAGUUGAAUGGUGCUGAUUGGCACAAGCUGAACCGUUAUGGCUGGGAGCAGGGCAAGCCUCUGCUCACCCACCCACGCAGCCCACUCAGGAAGAUCUUGACCCCAGUGGUUGGACCUUUGGAUAAGCUCUAUGGCGCAGCUCUGCCCCCACGCUCCUUCGUUGCUGAGAUCGAUCCAGUUUUCCAGAAGAGCAGCUAUGGCUCUUAUGGUGAGCCAUCGGUCGUGCUGAAGACUGGCUCCAAGCUGGCUGUUAUUUCUGCCUAA